AUGAGGAGCUUGGCCCUGUUGCUGCCCCUGCUUGGUAUUGUUGCAGCGGAAACAUUUUUCAAAGAGGAGUUUGGAGACGAUUCCUGGGAAAAACGGUGGGUUCAGUCUAAACACAAAGAUGACUACGGAUCAUUCAAAGUAUCUGCUGGCAAGUAUUAUGGUGACGCGAAGAGAGAUCAAGGAUUGAAAACUAGUCAGGAUGCAAAGUUCUACUCACUGGCGGCCAAGUUCCCGAAGGUACGUGUUUUUUAUAGGGUGGUGCUCAGGUGGAAUUCGCCAUGA